AUGAAACCUGGGGGACUUCUGGCGCAGGAGGCCGGUAGCGUUGGAAUGCCACAAAGCUUUGGAGCUCUGUUGGAACUGCACCGGCAGACCUUUGCUCAGACAUGGCCCCUGGCGAUGAGCAGUGCCACCGUGGCACCAACAGACCCCGAUGAUGACUUUGAUGGGCUCUACUUUCGAGUGCCGAGACUUCUUCUGCUGAGCGGCAGAGAUGUCAAUGUGGAUCCAACCACAGUGCAUUGGCAGCAAUGGCAAGGCUUUGUCGAGAAGCGCGUGGCGAAGAUGAUGUACUACCAUCCGGCCAUGCACCGUGCCCUCUUCGUCCUCCCUGCGGAGCUGCAACGUCGAUUUCACGCCCCUCCGCCGUGGCUUCAAGAGGCCGCAGAGGAGUUCAUAAUACAAAGUUUCAUGACGCAGGCACAUGGCUGCUCUGGGAGCCUCCUGAACGACGUGCAGGUGGUAGGGGCUUUGUUGAAGAAGAUGGCUGCCCUAGCCGACCUCACAUCCUUGGGGAGCUUGGAACACACCUUUGAACCGCAGGGAGUGACCGCAUUGCUCUUAGUCUCGGAAUCGCACCUGUCGAUCCACACCUGGCCGGAAAUGCACUAUGCGGCACUUGAUGUGGUGUCUUGUAAGGCGAUCACCUUGCGUGUGCGCAAGGCCAUCGAAGCUGAGGUGGCAAAUUCCCUGGGUUGUGACUCCUUGGUGAGUCAUUUCUCACGCAGGGGAAGAGGAUUCAGCCAGGUCGCCGCGGGUCACGACGCGGGUCACGACGCGGACGUCAAACAGCCGGCGACACACAUGGAGCUGUAG